CCGCCGCCGCCGCUGCCGCCCUUCGCUGCCGAUGAGGCGGUGCGCGUGGCCGUUGCUGCGGCUCCCGGCGCGCGCGGGGCUCGCCCUCCGCCAUGGAGGGGCCGCCGCCGCCCGGCUGCGCCCCGCCGCCGCCGCCUCCUCCUCCUCUUCCUCCUCAGUCGGCAGGGACGGCAACUCCCGGGCCCCCGACACCUCUCUCUUCGUGCCCGUGCCCCUGAAGCCCGUCGGCGACGCGGCCGAGGAAGACGUGGGCGCCGAGCUCACGCGGCCCCUCGACAAGGGUGAAGUUCUAAAAAACUUAAAUAAGUUCUACAAAAGAAAAGAAAUCCAAAGACUAGGAGCAGAAAAUGGAUUAGAUGCUCGCCUGUUUCACCAAGCAUUUAUAAGCUUUAGGAAGUAUAUCAUAGAAUCCAGUUCAGUGAGUGCUGAUCUGCAUAUUAUUCUCAAUGAUAUAUGCUGUGGUGCAGGUCACGUGGAUGAUCUCUUUCCAUUUUUCCUGAGGCAUGCAAAGCAGAUCUUUCCGAUGCUGGACUGUAUGGAUGAUCUGCGCAAGAUCAGUGAUUUAAGAUUGCCGCCCAACUGGUAUCCAGAUGCCAGGGCUAUUCAGAGAAAGAUAAUAUUCCAUGCCGGUCCUACAAACAGUGGAAAAACCUACCAUGCUAUCCAGAGAUUUUUGUCAGCAAAAUCGGGAAUAUACUGUGGUCCACUAAAACUUCUGGCUCAUGAGAUCUUCCAAAAGAGUAAUGAUGCUAAAGUGCCAUGUGACUUGGUGACAGGAGAAGAGCGUGUGUAUGCCAAUGAAGAUGCCAGACAAGCUCCUCAUGUUGCUUGUACCAUUGAAAUGUGCAGCACUAAUACGCCUUAUGAAGUUGCAGUGAUUGAUGAAAUUCAGAUGAUCAGAGAUCCCGCCAGAGGGUGGGCUUGGACAAGAGCCCUUCUAGGACUCUGUGCGGAAGAAAUCCAUGUUUGUGGAGAAGCUGCUGCUAUUGACUUGGUGACAGAGCUCAUGUACACUACAGGGGAGGAAGUUGAAGUCCGAAACUACAAGAGACUCACUCCUCUUACUGUGCUGGAUUAUGCCUUAGAAUCUUUAGAUAACCUCCGUCCUGGGGACUGCAUCGUCUGUUUCAGUAAGAAUGACAUUUAUUCUGUCAGUCGACAGAUUGAAGCCAGAGGAUUAGAAUGUGCUGUCAUAUAUGGCAGUCUGCCACCAGGAACAAAACUUGAACAGGCAAAGAAAUUCAAUGAUCCUGAUGAUCCAUGCAAAAUUUUAGUUGCUACAGAUGCAAUUGGAAUGGGACUCAAUUUGUGUAUAAGAAGAAUAAUUUUUAACUCUAUAGUAAAGCCAACUAUUAAUGAGAAGGGAGAAAAGGAAAUAGACUCCAUUACAACCUCUCAGGCUCUACAAAUUGCAGGCAGAGCUGGGCGUUAUGGCUCAUCCUUCAAACAAGGAGAGGUCACUACAAUGCAUCGUGAUGACCUCAUGCAGCUGAAGGAAAUUUUGAGUGAGCCUGUGCGCCCUGUGAAGGCAGCUGGCCUACAUCCUACUCCUGAGCAGAUAGAAAUGUUUGCUUAUCAUCUUCCUGACGCCACUCUAUCUAAUCUAAUUGAUAUUUUUGUGAGUCUCUCACAAGUUGAUGGGCUUUACUUUGUCUGCAAUAUUGAUGACUUUAAAUUUCUAGCAGAUAUGAUUCAGCACAUUCCACUAAAUUUGCGAUCACGAUAUGUCUUCUGCACUGCACCCUUGAACAGAAAAGAGCCUUUUGUGUGUACCACGUUGUUGAAGUUUGCAAGACAGUUCAGUAGAAAUGAGCCUCUGACGUUUGACUGGCUCUGUCGGCACAUCAAAUGGCCAUUAGCUGCUCCAAAGAACAUCAAAGAACUUGUACACCUUGAAGCUGUUCAUGAUGUUUUUGACCUCUAUCUGUGGUUAAGUUACCGCUUCAUGGAUAUGUUCCCUGAUGCUGUACUUGUAAGGGAUAUUCAGAAAAAACUAGACGACAUUAUACAAGUUGGUGUCUGCAACAUCACGAAGCUGAUCCGAGCUUCUGCAGCUGCGCCUGGCACAGCAGAAGUUGUGUCAGAAGACUUUCCUCUUUCAAGGACUGAGAGGGAUACCAGGGCGCUUUCAGACCAUCACGGUGCAAAAUCCACAGAGGCAUUCUCUAUUCCAGUGGAGGUUCCGGGAGAAAGAAGAGCAAAGAACUUGAAAGCCUAUCGGUCUGCUAUGAGACAGGAGGAUAUGAAAAGCCAUGGACGUGGAUCUCUUGCCAACAGAUUGCUGCGUGAAGGACUUCUAACACAAGAAAUGCUGAGACAGCUGGAGAGUGAGUGGCAGGAUCAGCACAGGAAUGGUAGAUAUGGCCUUGGUUCAAAAAGAGAUGAUCAGAAUAGUUCAAAGGAAACGGGGAGAAAAAAAAAAUAGAACCAUGUCCUAAUUCUGUUUAGUUUUUAUUCAUAAAAUAAAAUACUAUUUUAAUAACUUCUUUGGCAUUUUAUGUUUACACUGCUGCAGCUCCUUGAUGAUUUUCCUUCUCCUGUGACCAGUUAUGUGAAACACUCGGAGAAAUGGACUCUUAGAAUCUCAGAGGCCAUAAGUUUGCUUUUACCAGUCAGCCGUACACUUUUUCAGUCAUGGUGUUCAGUGUAAGUGUAUGAUCUACUGCUAUGUGAAAAUCUGAACUUGAUGUCUUCUUACAAGAUAUCCUUACAUCAUUAAUAAACAUAAGAUAUUUCACUAGUAA